CUUGUCCUGCUCUUCUCUCCUCCUCCUCCUCCUCUCCCCGUUCUCUUUGCCGCUCUCACAGCCUAGUUUUCUUUUUUUUCCCCUCUUCAAUCUUGUGUGUGCAGGUUGUAUCUGACGGAGGGACCGGUGCCGCGCUCCCAUCCCUGCGCUCCUUCAACAACAACACUGGUUCAUCAGUCCCUGUGGCAGCAGCAGCAGCGAGUCGAGUGACCCAGCUUCAGCCCGACCGGCUUUACCUGUACAUGGAGACCCCCAGCUGGGCAGGAAACACGUUGUGUAAGUCAGGAAGCAUUGCUGUCUUCGGGAACGUGGUAUACAGCGGACUGCUGAACGAUCACCUCUGGCAUUUGGGAGUGCCCCUCUUUACAAGACUGGGUAACCAAGAGGCCACCAACCCACCAGAAGCGAUGGCCCAGCCGUACACCCCAGCCCAGUACCCACCUCCCCCACAGAAUGGAAUCCCCGCAGAAUUUGCCGCACCACACCCACUUCCGUCACAGGACUACACCGGGCAGAGCCGGGUUCCUGAGCACGCCAUGACCCUGUACACACCCACACAGACGCACAGCGAGCCGGCCGGCACUGACAACAGCACGCCCGCCAUCACCGCCACCACGACCGCACCGGUCAGUGUCCUUCAUCACCUGCAAACACUGUUCUCAGCAGACUGUCAGCAAACAGAUGAUGUGACGCAAACAGAGGGCUCUCAGCAGCUCCAGCUCCAGCACUCAGACUCUUCAGAGAAGCAGCAGCCCAAACGGUUACAUGUCUCCAACAUUCCCUUCCGCUUCCGGGACCCUGACCUAAGGCAAAUGUUUGGGCAAUUUGGAAAGAUUUUAGAUGUGGAGAUUAUCUUUAAUGAGCGAGGAUCCAAGGGCUUUGGGUUUGUAACUUUCGAAACAAGCACAGAUGCUGAUCGUGCACGGGAGAAACUAAACGGUACAAUCGUAGAGGGACGCAAAAUUGAGGUGAACAAUGCAACAGCACGAGUGAUGACAAACAAAAAAGUGGCCAACCCUUACACGAACGGCUGGAAGCUGAAUCCAGUGGUCGGAGCUGUCUAUGGUCCUGAACUGUAUGCUGUAACAGGGUUUCCCUACCCUGCCACAGGCGCUACGGUGGCCUAUAGGGGUGCCCACUUGCGAGGUCGGGGGCGGGCUGUGUACAACACAUUCCGCACAGCUCCGCCGCCACCACCCAUCCCAGCUUACGGAGCGGUGGUGUACCAAGAUGGCUUCUACGGUGCAGAGAUCUAUGGUGGCUAUGCAGCAUACAGAUUUGCCCAGCCCGCCACCACCGCUGCUUACAGUGACAGCUAUGGCAGAGUCUAUGCAACAGCAGACCCCUACCACCACACGAUUGGCCCUGCUGCCACGUACAGUGUGGGGACUAUGUAAAUACAAAAGGAAGAGCUGUACUCAGUAUUGAUGGACAUCACAGAUGAAAACAACGAAGAGAGGAGAUCUAGCUUUAAGAAAAUAACACAAGAAGAAGAAGAAUACAAGAAGGAGUCCCUCUACUGAGGCUGGCGAGGGAAGACGGGAGGCGUACAAAGUGACGCCGCGGCAGCGGUGUCAAACCAGCCACAAACUUGACAGACGGAGUGAGCCAGUUUCCACCAGGGACCACCUUUUUGCCGGGUAGAAAAAGACAGAGAGAGAAAGAAAAGUGUCCCGUUAUUAUAAAACAUUUUAUUUUUCUAUACUUUUGUGAUUUACAAUGGUAAAAAGUGUGUAUAAAGCAGUAUAUAUGUACAAAUCUGUUUUUAUGUUUUUUGGUAAGGGAGAUGAACAGUUGGCCCUUGAUGCUGAUUCUGUGGUAUGCAGGAAGAAGGAGGGAGGAGCGCCCCCCUCCUCUCUCUAUGGCACACUGCUCUGUCGCCGAGGUUGUGUAAACAAAAACAUAAACAUAAAGGUGGCAGGGAGCGCUCGGCAUCCAGGCAGAAGCACUUUCUACGCUCUACUUCCUGUGGGUGGAGUCAGAGGUCAGCCUCCUGGUCUCACUGCUCCGCCUUCUUCCUUCCAACCUCCCCGACCACUUGCUUACUUCCUUCCUUCCUUCCUUCCCUUCUUCCUUUUCGGGCCGGUGAUGUCGCUCCUUCCUCCUUGUUGCGGUGUCACUGGCCAGCAGCGCCUACUGUUAGCAGCGUCCCCUGUGGAUACUGUCGUGAUGUCACUUCCUCCUGGCAGCACCAUUGGGCAUCCCCGCCCUCCCCAAUGGGCAGCGUCACUGGUUUACAGCGUUGGGGAGUGGGGGGUUGAGCCACGGCGGGACGGUGAGACGGUAUAAAGCCGAGCCUCCCCGGUCUGCCCCUCUCCACGCCCCAGCAGAGGUCAAUGACUAUGGACUAGUUAGAGAAGAUGGCGCAGAAGUCGCCGACUUUACUCACCUGCCAGACUCCGAGCCCAAGCCUUUGUGUCACUCUGCACCGACUGACUAACUAUCAGACCCACGUGAUAAAAAGGUGCGUACAACUACCAAGGAUGCACGUUUCCACCUGCCGAGAAUAACUCAUCAACGUUCAUGUAACAAAUUGAAUUAUAAUCGAAUAAUCCCAUUGUACUACAUCAGCAGGUGCAUAACCAAAACACAAGCCUGAGGCAUAUAGACUAUGUCGCUAGAUAAAACAUUAUAGAAAUAUAGUAGUGCCCAUCCAACGGUAACAAGGAACGAGGGCUGAAAUAUGUCAAUUUCUUUUUGUCAAUGUAUUCUGAAAAUAUUUAUUUGUGUGGAUUCUUUUGUUUGUUUGUUUGUUUGUUUUUUUGCAGCACUGAAAACUUUUAAAGAGGAAAAAAAAGUUUUAAUUUGGUGGAAGCGAAACCUUAAUUCUUUAUAUCAGGAGAGUCACUGUAAACGUGUUUAAACAAGAAUGUUGGUUCAGUUCUUUGAAUGUACUUUAAUGUCUAGGGUGUCCAAUAAGUAUGUAUUCUUUUUCUGUAUAUAAAUAUAUAUACAUAUCUAUUAUAUGGGCUGUGGUGAUGUCAGGGAGUAGAGGGGGUGGGCAGGAAAGCCUCUGGCCCCCGAACAUAGAUAUCAGACCCCCCCCCUCCCCCUCCAACUACAUAUGUCCCUGAUAUUUACUGUAACAUGUGAUCAUGUGUUAUAUGAUUGAAAGUGUGAUGGUGAUAGUGUGAAUUGAUCUCCCCGAUACCCCUCCCCCUUUACUACGCAAAACAACACACACACAUCCAAAGCAGCGAAGCAUCAAUUUACAACAUAUCUAGAAUGAAACACACACACACACACACACACACACACACACACACACACACACACACACAAACUAGAUAUUUUACUAUUCAGAGCAAAAACAUAAAAUAUCUCAUCCUAGGUUUACCCACCGGCCGCUUCAGGAAAACAAUCACAUCUGCAGUAUUCUGUAAUUCCGGCCCCUGUGUUGGAGCCGCGACCUGCUAAUUAGUUCAAGGUGUCAGAUAAAAAGCGGAUGAAUAUUGAUUUUUCCUUUUCUUACUUGAACCAAAGUAUGAUUUGAACACACAGUCUCAGUGCUCUUUGAUCAGGAGACAGCGGGACUCUGUGAUGGCGGCGGAAGCCCGGAUGUGUAUUGACGUGACCCAGAUUUCGAACACUCAUUACUGCUGAGGAGGAGCUCGCUCUUCUAGCUAAUGUAACGAGCCCCACCGACGAAGCCCCGGGGCCGCUUCCUGCAGGAGCCUUGGUUUUGUGAACCGCUGUUCUCCUUGCUGACCCUGGUGGGCGGGCGGCUUUAUUGCAUAUUGGAAAUGACCUGCUGGCCCUGAGCAGAAACUUUAUCAUCAGAGGCCAGCAGGUUCGGGUGAAGCACAACUUUGUUUGAGAGUUCAGGGUACACUACUCGUGUAGUGGUUUUGUGUGAAUGGUUCCAAGAAGGUAAUACUAGGUUGAGCUCCUGACUUCCUGUACAAAACUACAGUGUGUACUGUUAUUAUCCUGUACAGUAAAUCUCACCUCACACUUCUUGAUUAACUUCAUCUUAUUUCAGGUUUAAAAAAAAGAAAAAACUUGUUCUGAAUCAGGGCUCCUACCCACGCGACCUCUCUUCAUCUGUAGACAGCUUCUCAUAUAUUACAAAGAGUAUCUAUAUCAUGGCAACUAACUGUUGUAAAGUCUAAAUGGGGUAAAGUCGAUCAUUCGUUCUCUCCCAUGCAGCGAUCAUAUGCAGACUUAGCAUUUUCAUACCUGUAGGUUUGUUUCUGAGAGUCAACUGAUUCAUCUGGCCUACUUACAGCGCUACAGACUUGUGGUGGGUCAGAGAAGACUCGGGAGCGGGUCGGAGAUUUUGUUUAAUGGGAACUUCCUGGAAGCCAGAGCCGCUCUGGAGGCAGAAUCAGCCUAAUCCUCCAAUUCAAUUGGCAGAGAUGACGAACCAACCACAGUUUUUGUUUGGUCACAUGAUGUCCACUAUUUUAUCUAUGCACUUUGCCAAAAAAUACAAAAAAGAUGUGAUGUCACAUGUGACAAAGGGGAAACCACUUAUUUACUCAUUCUACUUCGCUACUAGUUCAAAAAUGUAAAAGACUGCGUUAAUGCAGGUGUUAUUAUAUAUCGCACUAUCGUCAACAAAUCCCGUGAAAGGAGACCCACACAGCUCUCAUGGGUCUUUUCACAGGAUUCUUCCUCGGUCAAAGGAGAGUUUUUCUAAAUUCAAUGACAGGAAGCUGUUAAGUUUCAAGGUUUAAUUUGAGUUUAUAUUAGAGACAAACCACCGUUUUAGUUUGAGCAAAUUUAAAUGGAAGAUUAAUAUUAUACAGUACUGAGUAACACACAUCAGGACAAAGCUUCCUCUUUCAAUUCUUUUUUUUAAAUUUUUUUUACAUAUUUUAUUUAUUUGAAAAAAAUAUCACAUUACCUGUAGCAUGUGUCAGGAGGGAAACAUUCGCUAGCUUCACAGAAUCCAGAAGUCUUGGUGCAAAAAGAAGAGGAAAAGUUCUGAAACGAACGUGGUGCGAUGAUGGACAGUCAUAGAAACGUGAUUUAUUUUUUUGUUCACAUUUAACUACAGCUCCCAUGAGACUUUGCUUCUGAAAUGAAAAAAAAAAAAAACAGUUUUAAGCUUGAGAUGUUUUAUAUUAUGAGUAUUAAACUCAUUAAUUGGUGGAACUUUUACGUUUUCCAAUCUAACUUGUUAGCCCGGCUGGUCUUCCAUGUCAGUAGCUGCACUAGCAUCAGUGGUCAGGUAUGAAAUUGAAGAGAAUAUUUCAUGUUUUUAUUUUUAGGUGCUAAUUUACCAGGUAGCUUUAACGCACACUCUCACAAAACUGUGGCUGUUUGUCGUUUCUCCUCGCUGAUCCAGUUUUGACCUGAAGCAGCGAGUGUGUUUCUGCGUCCAGAGAAGUUCUGUCCUUCACAAAAAAAAAAAUGAAAUGUCUAUGAAACUCCGGCUCGACAGUGGGAUGGAGGGGGGAGGGGGGAGGCGAGGGGACAGGGUUGAGGCGGCCCUCCCUCCCUCAGUUCCCUCAGAUGCCUCGAGUACAGAGAACAGGUCCUGAUCUUCCUGAGCACAACUGCUUGAGCUGUGACACUAGCAGGAUGUCCCCUCUGAGAGACCCCCGCCUCCCCCCUGACCCCUGACACGCCCACCCCGCCCCACCAUUCCCUCCCCCCCAGCCUUCUAGUAUGUGAGUCGACUGGCCCCUUUUGUAUUCCUGGUGUUCUGUACAUAAUAACCCCUCACCCGUCCUCCCCCCGCGCCCCCCCUCCCCCAGCUGUCCUUUCAGGGGGAAAAAGAAAAAGAAAAAAAAAACAUCCUAUGACUCCCCGAAAUCUUGUAUUUUGUUCUAAUAAUGACAAAAUUUAUUUAUAAGGAUUUUUUAAAAUCUAUCUCUUUCUCCUUUUUGUAAAUGUUCCAGUUAAAUAAAGUUUAAAAAUGUUAAAAAAUUAAAUGAAUAUAUUGAAAGGUUAAAAAAAUGUCUCUAGAAGUCCCUGCCCCCUCCUCUGGCUCUGUACUCUGAACUUUGUGUUUUUGUUUUUUCUCUUUCUGUAUGCUUCUCUUUACGUGCUUCAGAUAAAGAGUUCUAUUUAUUAUGACAUUAACGUUAUUAUAAUUAUGACUAAUUAUUAAUAUUAUCAUCAUCCUCAUCAUCCUCAUUAUUAUCAUUAAUAAACUUGUCUACUUCA